UGACUUUUGCGUAACGUGACAGAGACGCGAUCGACUUCAAUUGCAAGUUGAUCUCCUGCCACAAACUCUGAUGCUGCCCAGUGUUCUCCGCUGUGCUCGGCCCAUCUCUACCAGUCUUGCCUUAAGCCGGCCUCUGGCCCACUUCAGACCACACAUGGACCCAGACCCGAGCCGGCCCGUUGAGAGGGCUAUCAGAACCAAACUGACCGACACACUCAAGCCGGACCACUUAGAGGUCCACAAUGAAAGCCACAUGCAUGCUGUGCCCCCAGGCUCUGAGUCUCAUUUCCGUGUCCUGGUUGUCAGCUCCCAGUUUGAGGGUCUGCCACUGAUAAAGCGCCACCGCCUGGUUAAUGAGGCUUUGAAAGAGGAGUUGAGUAGCUGCGUUCAUGCGCUGGCUAUCCAGGCAAAGACUCCUGAGCAGUGGGGAAGCAACCCCACCCUGGCUAAGAGUCCACCCUGUCUGGGAGGCUCGAAGGGAGAUCACACAAUGGAGGGGAAACUAAAGGCUGGGCGAGAGUAAAGGACUAUGAAGCAGUUGUUCCCCUGCUGUUGGACUGAACUAUGAAGAAUGCAGUUGGAUGCUGUAGGACAGAUAUGAAGAUGAAUGUUUCCUGUGUAAUUUUACACAGCUGUGAUGGAGCCAUUUUUAAUUUUUAUUUGUGCAUUCUUGGUUUUAUGACAGUCAGGAGUCAACACAAACUGGGUCUGUUAUUCUGUCACAAUAAAACAUUAAUUGUAAGCAUUAAAUCAGCGUUGCUGAUGCCACACUGCUGUUCAGUGAAUGCAGCACAGAGAAAACACUGUAAUCCCAUCGACUAACAUGAGGACUUUCCACGUAAAUGCUCCUGCUCAUAGUGCCCUGAGUCUCAGUGAUCUCAGAUUGGUGGAGUAAACAGUAACUUAAUUGUCAGAAAAGCUCUUCUUGUCCGAACAGCGAUGACAUUUACAAAGGCGGAGGUCAAGAGUGGAUGUUCAUUGCUGCAUUUCUGCAAGAGAAUGAAAAUAAAGAGUAUUGCUAAAACAUUGUAAACACAUUUCUGUGAGUCAUGAUUGAAAUUGAAUAAUAUUACUCAACCAGGUAAUUGAAAAUGUGUGAGUGGCAGUAAUACUUUAGUGUUCUUCGCCAUAACAGAAAUAUGAAUCUGUGAACUGGUAUUGACUGACACAGUGAGGUAGUGUCAUUACUGUCAAAUACAAGUCUUAAGGACCACUCUUUUAACUUCCUUUUCAAAACACAUUCUUGUGAUACGUGUUAUGCUCAAAGCAAAUUAACCAACCGGGGGUGCCAUGAAUGCAAAAGCUUCUCAUUUUGUGCCUUCAAUGCAUUUA